UGCGAGACGUCGGGAAAGACCCCGUAAUGCGUAUCAUAUUAAGCUAUUUAGCAACAAACAGCGGGCACUGGAAAACAUGGGGUUGAGCGCACGCAGGGGUAGUCAAUCAUGCGGCAUUGCACCGGUAAUGUUGCAUGUACGCACGCGGACUCUCACGACGUCCGUGCUCGUCUGCCCGCGAGUCAUUUCUCCACGCGUCGCGUGUGUCCGGCUGCGCGUUCCCGCGGCAGGCGCUGACAGGCACCAGUCGUCGUCGUGCUGUUAAGAGCGAGUAAUGACCGGGGUACGCGAGAAGACGCGCCCGCUGGUCGUAUUACGGCGUCCCGCCUUGCGACCCUGACAUUGAUCUUCAGCAUAUUUGCUCCACCGUCUACUUACCGCGUCCCGGUGCAUUGUUUCCUGCAUCCCUUUGACUAUGGUUUGAACUUUCAGGCUGUCGGGGGAGGGGCUGUGCCGUGACGGCGGGUGUGCGAGAUCAGACGGAGGCUCUCAUGUACAGUAUCUAGUUGUGUAGCACCGAAAUGCAAGCGUCAGGAGGCGGGGCUUGUGAGCCGGUGCUGGGUUGAAGAGCGCCGCCUGCGAGCGGGUACACAUACGGCACGCGCGGCGCCCACAGCCUCGACGUAACGGCGCACGCAUCGACAUCGCCGCUGUCGAUCCUGUGCGUGGAAGCCCC